AUGAUCAAAUUUGCAACCAUUCCUAAAAACGCAGGAUCUGACGCGGUGUAUUCCCUCUCCUGUUGUGUUCUUCAGGAUCUGAAGCGGGUGCUGUCCUUCCCGCCGUACCCGGGGGACUACCUGCACCCAGUGGUGUACGCCUGCACGGCCGUCAUGCUGCUGUGCAUGCUGGUGUCCAUCUUCACCUACAUCGUACACUUCAGGGUGAUACGCAUCAGUGGUAACGGCUGGCACAUCCUCCUCAACUUCCUCUUCCACACGGCAGUGACGUUUGGCGUCUUUGCGGGGGGCAUCAACCAAAUCAAGUACCCCACCGUCUGUCAAGUGGUGGGUGUGAUCCUGCACUACUCCUCCCUCUCCACCAUGAUGUGGCUCACCUUCACGGCCCGCAACCUCUGCCGAGACGUCUCCACGGCCCCCCCAGCGCCCGAGGAGAGAGAGACCCCCGGAGCCUCUCACAACUCACAACGCUCCAAGCCCACAGUACUCAUAUUUUAUUUGGUGAGUGUCGGGGUGCCGUCGAUUAUCGUGGGGGUCACCGCUGCCGUGAGCCUGGACAACUACGGGAGCAGAGAUGACGCGCCCUACUGCUGGAUGGCGUGGGAGCCCAGCCUGGGCGGCUUCUACGGCCCCACCGGCAUCCUGGUGCUCAUCAUCUGCAUCUACUUCCUGGCCACCUACGUGCAGCUCAAGCGCCACCCCGAGCGCAAGUACGAGCUCAAGGCCAUGACCGAGGAGCAGCAGCGGCUGGCCACCGCGGAGAUGGGCCACCACCACCACCACCACCUGCACCACCACCACUGCCACGAGCACCCGCCGGGCAUCGCCGAGCCGGGCAUCGAGGAGGCGGCCCUCCACCACCAUCACCACCACCACCACCACCACCAUCCGGGGUGCUCGGCCAUCACGGCCUCCAUGCUGGCCAACGAGCAUUCGUUCAAGGCCCAGCUGAGGGCCACGGCGUUCACGCUCUUCCUCUUCCUGGCCACGUGGGCGUUUGGCGCCCUGGCCGUGUCGCAGGGACACUUCCUGGACAUGAUCUUCAGCUGCCUGUACGGUGCCUUCUCGGUGACUCUGGGCUUGUUCCUGCUGAUACAGCACUGCGCCAAGCGCGACGACAUCUGGCACCGCUGGUGGGCGUGUUGCCCGUCGAAAAAGCCCACGCCGAUGGACGUCAACGGAGAAGCUGCCGCCACGCCGAAUCACCAGAACCACAGCCACGGCUCGCCACAGACCCAGAUCCACUGCCACAUGGACUCGCCGUGCCCGGGAAAGACACUCCUCUCCCCUCACCUUCACCCGUCCUCCAGCCACUGCAAACUGAGCCCGCUGCCUGUUGGAGGGCCCACGGGGAACCACGCGGUGGUGGGACCCUGCUGUGCAGCGUCCAUGCACGGUUCCUCCGCCGCCGUCUCCCCGUCCCCGCUCCUGGAGCGCUCCCCGCGCCCGCAGUCGCUGCCGGACGAGCUACCGCGCCCUGUGCUGCCCUUGCAGAGCUGCCUGAAGGACAGGACUAAGUCGCGCUCCUUCAACCGCCCGCGGCCCUCGCUGCGCGACUACGCUUACCACAUGGCCUCCACCAGCCUGGACGGCAGCAGCGUGCACAGCGCCACGGCCGGCUCGCACCUGCUGGACAGCCCGCACAGCACCACCCACCUGGAGCUUCACUCCUCGGGCGGGCUGGGGAUGGGGAUGGGGAUGGGCGGCAUGCACAGCCACCACCGGGGCAGCCAGCUCAGCUGCCACAGCCCCCACCCAGACACGCAGCUGCUGCGCUGCCGCAGCCCCAGCCCCAUACCGCUGCUGGACCCGCACCUGGCGGCCGCCUGCCACGCGGGCAGCGUGCACGGCAGCAUGCACGAAGGCCUGGCCGCGGCUGGGUCCUCGUGCCACUCUUCUUGCCUAGACAGCCAGCUGGCGUGCCUGGAGAGCUUGAGCCAGCAGCAGGACACGCACGUGUGCCACCGGCACGCCUGCUGCGCCAAGGCCGACCCGUUCGGAGGGGUGUGCUGUGCGGGUACCGACCCGUUCGGCGUGCCCCCUUCCGCCUCUUGCCAGGGUGACGAGCUGGAGGAUUUGGGGACCUGUGGCUCCGUUAUGUACGGCGGACCCAGCACUAAGAUGGCGGGCGAGAAGGAUGAGGAGGGUACGGCUGCGGUGGCGGGUCUGGCGCAUAUAGAUUUGCCACCGCCACGAGCCGCAGCCAUGGCGUGCCCGCAGGUGACGGUGACGGCUAUGGGCACGGCCACGCUGGGCCGCAAGGGGACGCUUAGCCGGCGAGGCACGCUGAGUCGUAACGGGAGCCUACACGAGGAUUAUAUGUUUAGUUCGGACGCCACGGGAAACAUUAGGACUGGGCCCUGGAAGAACGAAACCACUGUGUAG